AUGGCCUUCACCUCUUUAGGCGUCAUAGUCAAAUCCAGCCAAGAGCUCCCUUGUUCACAUAUCUUAGUUCUAGAACUGGACAAGCCCGAAUUGUCUACUUACGAAUUGAGGAUUAUAAGCCUCCACUACAUAUGCACACCUAUUAUCAGUAUGUACCCCGCCAAAGGUGAUGACAGAAUAGGAAGAGGCUUCAAUGAAGUGGAGACUAGGACGUCUUCAAGGGAUGGCAGUGUUAGCCAAAAACUGUCUUGGGCAAACCGAGUGGUCCUGAGGACGUUGCUAAGGUUCACAUCAAGAUUUCGCUUCUUUCACUUAUUUGAAAGAAACUUAUUCCUUCUCUUUCUAAUUGCAGCUUGUGGUGCUGUUCCAUCAUCUGGUGGUGUUCUUCCUAAAGAGGAGAGAGUGGAAAUGCCUACUGCAUCACCCCUUCCUUCUCGUCCUUCUGGCUCGAAUCCAGGUCCUAGGGACAAAGGGAAGGCUCAUUUGGUAGAUGAUGAUGAUGAAGAAGAUGAAGAAGAAGUAGUGCCACUUCAGAGAAAGCGUGGAGCUUCUUCUCCCCCAACUCCAGAUGUUAAUCCUGAAUCCACUCCUGAGGAAGGGACCGGUGAGAAGAGAGCAAGGAGAGAUUCUCCUUCUAGGGAGGAGGGAAGGCCUGAGAUGGCUUCUACGCCAAUAUCUCAGAGACCAGGGAAAGAAAAAGUCUCGGAACCUCCUACUGUGGAUAAAAGGCUCCAACAGAUUCACCAGAAAGUGAGGACCAUCAAGCUUGAGGAAGGGGAAGAUCAUCCACCUUAUGAAUCGCAAUCGAGCUCGAAUACAACUGCGAGAAGGGGUGUGGUUGGGAGGAGAAUUCCUAUCUUUCCAGGCUCAAGUAUGCCUGAGGGUUCCGGGCCUAGAGCUAAGUGUGCUGUUAACCUUACAAGUGCAGAGGGUAGGCAGAUUAUCAUGGAGCUGAGGAAGCCUGAUGUAGUGCUUGGUGGCAUAGUGGAAGGGCUCAAGACUCUUUGGAAUCUAAUCAAGGCUCCCUAUUUUGAUCCAUUGGCGAAUCCUAAUGCUUUAUCAAGGAUGCAGCCUUUAUCAAGGAUGCAACCUCUGCUCAGUCAGAUUGCUCUAGUAAAGCCUCAUCUUGCCCUCGCAUGCCAUUCUCUGGAACAAUGGUUGAGCAAGACCUCGAAGCACAUCAGUAUGAUCAACGAGAUUCUUCCUUCCACGAGAGAUCCUAAAGAGGUUUUGGAGGAUCACUGUGAAAAUAAGGCCCAUUUUGUGGAACUUGAUGAGGCCACUGAAGAUAUCUUGGACAGGUUUGAAGAAUUGGAAGGAGAGAAAGAUAGCUUGAGAGCUGAUAUUGCUAUUGACCUUUCCUUGAAAGCGCAGUUAGAGUCUAAGUUAGAAAAAAUUCAGGCCCGAAUUGCUGCCAGUGAGCCUGUUGUUCAAGACUUGAUUUCUCGCGCCUUUCGGGCAAGGUUGGCCAGUAAGAAGAUGGCUUCUGUGCGCCGAGCCCUUGACUUGGAUAUGGACAAUCUGACAAAUCUUAUUUCUACUGUUUUAGAAUUUAUAGCUUGA